AUGGUGGAAGAGGAAAGAAGGGAAUUCCUUGAAAAGCACAAGAGGGGUGACUUAGAGGAGGAGGAGGAAAAGGAAGAAGACAAGGAGGACAUUCUCCCACCUGAUAAAAGUAUCCGAAGGAGAGCUGUGGGCUGGAUAAAUAAGAAGUGGGAGAAGAGGAACCUCAAGAAGAUCGAGAGAACCUAUCAGAGAGAAGCUGAGGAGGGCUAUAAGAUCGUCCACAUAGCCAUCCCUGGACACACAAGGCUAACAGCCACCAUGACACGGGCAGAGAGAGAGAGGGAGAAGAGGAAGGAGCUGCUGAAGGCUGAGAAGAGAAGGAAGAAGAUGGAGGAUUUUAAUAAGCAGUGGAGAGAGCAGUCCCUGCUUAAAAAACAAACUCAUCAGAAACUGAAGGAGGAGAGGGGGAAGAUGAAGGGACAUUACCUGGAGCAGAUGAAUCUGGAGGCUGAUGCUCAAAUCAACACCCGUUGUCUAACCACCCAACACAGCCACGAUUAUCUGGAGACAACACAGCCCACUGGAUCUGGAGAUGGCCACCAGGAAAGGCCAAGGAGGCAACAGGCAUGGGCAGAGAUCCAGGAGGGGAGUUCAGAGAACCAGCAGGAGUGGCCAGAGAACCAACAGGGGGGGCCAGACAGCCAGCAGCUAGAAGCUCCAGAAGAGGCUGAAACAUCAGAGCCAACCUCCAAGAACAAGAAAAGGCCAGGCAUCUGGAAGAGAAUUAAGAUGAGCAUUCCUGACGUGCUGUCUGCCUAGAGCUGGAACUCGAAGAAGCCACAGUUCCACUGAGGUUACAUUGGUCAUUAAAAGUGUCGCCCAAUAAUUCCUCCUCCUCUAAGUCAUCAAGCCACAUUUCCUCCACAAAACAUGAUCGUCUCCUCAAGCCAGCAAGUAUCCUCUUUAUCAGGCAACAAACCAUCGAAGGUCAGUGACUCUCCUCCCCAGAGCAGAGGUUCUCAUCUUUAUCCUAAUUAAAUUCAUCUCUGCUCACCACCUCUACUGUCCUAGAAAAUAUCCCAAAAAUGGAAAUGGUUUAAACAGAAGUCCUCCCCUCAGACCAGUGGCUCCACAAACCAGAGUUUCUUAUCUUUAUUCAAGUUGAACGCAACUCUGAUCAUUUCCACCACCUCACCUGUUAAGGGGAGGUGCUGAAAAGGAGGUCUGGGAGGAGGUCUGCAGGUAGCCUGGACCGGACCGGUAGCAGCUAAGUUACUGGCUCCA